AUGUGGGCCAAUGACCCACUAUCAGAUAUUAAACUGAUAAGAACAGAUACUACACUUGAUCUUAGCCAAAAGGCCGAGAAAGUCUCCCCUCGCAGCUGCAAAGAAAAAAAAAAUGCCUCCUAUCCCACGGCCACGCACCAGCCAUCCUCCACAACUGCACCAGCAGAUGAGGAGUUCCAGCCGCCGCUCCCUGCUCACUGCCAGCAUUCGUGCCAGUCACUCACAGCAGCAGAACCCGUCACGGUCUCCAAGAUUUCAAGCCAGUCUCCAGGAUCUCCGGUGACGACCACGGCUCGUCCAAUAGCAGCAGCUCCAAUCUUCUCCAGCACCCAGGCCGUACUCCUCUCUACUCCAGCAACCCCCAACUCCGCCGAGCCUAGCAGACACACCACCACCAAAAGAACCGCCAGAACUCCGGUGACUCGCCACUUCACGGCCCUCUUCUCCAGCAACGGCCACACAGCUUCGGCACCACCACAGCACCCUCACUCGUCUGCUGCUGCAACUCCGGCGACCACAGCUCCGGCCACCUGCUUCUCUUCCAUGACCACUGCCACCGUCCCCACGGUAUGUGUAAUAUUUAGUGUCUUUUUUUUUUUUGUAAUAUAUAGUUUUCAUGUUUAGACUCUUAUUAUAUGUAUUAGUAUUAUUGUUGGAUUAUUAUUUUUUUAAUACCUUAUUACAUGUC